AUGCCACCCCUGCCCAGGCCCUCCCUCCAUCUGCUGCCGCUGCUGCUGCUGGCACUGCUGUCCACAGGUAUGAGCUCGGAAAGCAGGGCGACCGCUGGCUGGAGCACAAAUACGGCACCUGUCGCUUCCUCUGUUUCAGCCCCGGCCUCCGGAACCCCUUCGACUUCAACCGUGGGCCCCGGAAACCCCUCGGCUACAACCGCCGGCUCCAGCGGCCCCUCGGCUACAACUCCCGCCCUCAAAACCUCUCCGGCUCCAACCGUGACCCUUGGAGCCUCCUCGGCUCCAACCGCUGCCCCCUCAAAUCCCUCGGCUCCAACCACCAGCCCCGAAACCUCUCCGGCUCCAACCGUGACCCUUGGAGCCUCCUCGGCUCCAACCGCUGCCCCCUCAAAUCCCUCGGCUCCAACCACCAGCCCCGAAACCUCUCCGGCUCCAACCGUGACCCCUGGAGCCUCCUCGGCUCCAACCGCUGCCCCCUCAAAUCCCUCGGCUCCAACCACCAGCCCCGAAACCUCUCCGGCUCCAACCGUGACCCUUGGAGCCUCCUCGGCUCCAACCGCUGCCCCCUCAAAUCCCUCGGCUCCAACCACCAGCCCCGAAACCUCUCCGGCUCCAACCGUGACCCUUGGAGCCAGCUCGGCUCCAACGAUUGCCCCUUCAAAUCCCUCGGCUCCAACCACCAGCCCCGAAACCUCUCCGGCUCCAACCGUGACCCUUGGAGCCCCCUCGGCUCCAACCGCUGCCCCCUCAAAUCUCUCGGCUCCAACCACCAGCCCCGAAACCUCUCCGGCUCCAACCGUGACCCUUGGAGCCAGCUCGGCUCCAACGAUUGCCCCCUCAAAUCCCUCGGCUCCAACCACCACCCCCGAAACCUCUCCAGCUACAACCAUGACCCCUGGAGCCCCUUCGGCUACCACCGUUGCCCCCGAAACUCCCUCGGCUACAACCACGGGCCCUGAAGCCUCCUCGUCUACAACCACGGGCCCCGGAGCCUCCUCGUCUACAACCACGGGCCCCGGAGCCCCCUCGGCUACAACUGCCGGCCCCAGAACUCCCUCGGUUUCAACCGCGGACCACAGUCGUCCCACCAUGGCUAUCCCAACUACCACAGCCGACCACGGCGGUCCCACCACGGCCGACCACGGCGGUCCCACCACGGCCAACCAGAGCGGUGCCACCUCGGCCACCACGGCCAACCUCACUCGUCCCACCUCGGCCACCACGGCCAACCCCACUCGUCCCACCUCGGCCACCACGGCCAACCACAGCCGUCCCGUCACCCCCACUUCCAGCUCCCCACCCGGCGCCCUCCCAGUCUCCGUUUUCUCUCUCUGCUUCCGCAUCACCAACCGGGUCUUCAGCAAUUCCCUACAGGACCCCCACUCUUCCCACUUCCGGGCGUUGGAGGAGAACAUUUUGGAGCUGUUCCGAGAAGUCUUCAAGGACCUGGGUUUUCUGGGAUACGCACACAUCCGAUUCAGUUCGGGCUCCGUGGUGGUGGACGCGUACCUGCUGUUCGCCCCGGGUCGGGCCACGGCCGAGGAGGUCCAGAAGACUCUUUCCAAGACCGAGAACACGACGGUCCUCGGCUUGAGGAUCUCGGGGGUCAACGUACUGGACUGGAACCCGCCCAGCACAGGGCCCGCGGGCGCUUCCGUGCCCGGGUGGGGCAUCGCCCUGCUGGUCUUGCUCAGCUUCCUGGUCCUCCUUGCCCUCAUCCACCUUGUGUGGCUGGUGACGGCCUGGUGGCGGCGGCGCCGGGGUGGCCGUUUCGACCUCUUCUCCUCCACCCGGGACACGUACCACCCGAUGAGUGAGUACCCGGCCUAUCACACCCACGGGAGCUACCUGGCCCCGGGCACCAAGCCCCGGCCUCACGGGGAGGUCUCUUCGGGCAACGGCGGCGGCGGCGGCGGUGGCAUCUCCUUCACCAACCCGGCAGUCAACUCGGACAGCCUGUAGCGCUCCCCCCCCCCAACCGCCCCUCCCCGAGGCUGUGCCCACCCUGCAGCGGGUACGGUGCCCGCGGAUGCCCGAGGAGCCCGUGCCGGCGCAUGAAGGACCGCGGGCCGGGGACGGGCUGGACCCUCCCGUAAUAAAAACCGCACCCCCUGCCCAC